AUGGCGCUGUUGGGCCCCUCAGUCAGCUCGAUAAAAAAGCUAAUCACCAUAUGCGAGGGCUACGCCGAGCAGCAUGGUCUUAGGUAUAAUGCAACCAAAAGUGAAAUACUCAUUUUUAAGGCUCGAAAGUACAAUUUAGAUUCAACUAUGCCUAGGAUCAUGCUGGGAGGGGUACCCCUCAAAGUGGUGGAGAGCUUUAAGUAUCUGGGGCAUGUGCUCACUGGAGAUAUGAAAGAUGAUAUGGAUCUAGAAAGAGAAAGGAGAGCCAUGGCUAUAAGGGGCAAUAUGGUUGCCCGCAGAUUUGCAAGAUGUAACAAACAAGUAAAGUUAACACUUUUUAAAGCAUACUGCCAAACUUUUUACACGUGCAGUCUGUGGGCAACAUUUACGCAGCGAGCCUACAAUACACUAAGGGUUCAGUAUAAUAACGUCCUGAGGAUGCUGUUGAAGCUGCCGAGGUACUGUAGCGCAUCCGGUAUGUUCGCGGAGGCGCGAACGGAUGACUUUUAUGCCAUCAGGCGCAAAAGAAUAGCGUCUCUGCUGACACGCGUGCGCGGCAGUAGCAACAGCCUCCUAAGGACGUUGGCUGAACGCCUUGAUUGCCAUCUCACGAGCUACUGGGUAGACGUGUUGAUAGGCAAGGCUAAAUGA